AUGCCCGAGAGGAGAAGCGAUCGAACAGAGGAGAUGCAGGUGGAAGUCUACAAAGCUGCUGCGCCUGUAUGGGGAACAAUGUACCAUCAUUCAGAAAUUCGAACAGGAAGCAUUGUCUGCGAGAAUAUACCCGAAUGCAUAGAACCUCCAGAGUGUGAAAUAAUCUAUGUAGUGACAAGCUGUUCUACAACCAGACAGGACACUACAAAUGAUUGUGAGCCAAUAACUGAGGAACCUCCAGACUGUAACUCAACAACCAACAGCCAACCAACAACUGAAUUUUCAACUUUCAAUUUUACGACCAAUAUAACACAAGUCAGUCACACACCGACAAUGUCAGAAGAAACUGUCACUGGUACAAAAAAGACAACAUCUACUGAUAGCACGGCUACACGUAAAACUGUAGACCCAACAGUCAACUCCUUGAAAACAACUUUGGAGACCGAUAGAUCAAUUGUGACAGAAACAACUGAAAAUACAGGAAUCACAUUGGGUUCCACACAAAUAACACCAGUCAGUGGCACUCAGUCAACAACGGACAAAACAAUACACACUUUUAUUACUACUAUGGAGUCAUCCAAAGCUACAACCAUAAAAGACAACACGCCAGAAACUGCAGCCACAGGUAGUACAACCUCAAAGAGCAAGGCAACAACGGGGUCAGAGACCCCCACAAGUCAAUUCACUGAUAGUCAAAGGACAGAAGAUACAGCAACCACAGUUGGUUCCACAGUAGUAACACCAGUCUUUGACACUCAGUCAACAACGGAAGUAACGUUCACAAAAAUAAAUACUUUAACUGAAACAACAACAUCAAAGAGUGAUAUAUCAGAAACCCCAUUUAAUAAUACUAUGAAAACAUCUGAAGCUACAACCAUAAGAAACAGCACACCUAGAACUACAGCCACAGACAGUACAACCUCAAAUAACAAAGCAACACCAUGGUCAGAGACCUCUGCAAGUCAUGCCACAAGAUCACAAUUUACUGAAAGUCAAAGAACAACAGAACAUACUGGAACCACAUUUGGUUCCACAGAAGUAACACCAGGCAGUGGCACUCAGGCAACAACAGAAGUAACAUUCACAAAAAUUAGCACUUUAACUGAAGCAAGAACAUCAAAGAAUGAUCCAUCACAAACACCAUUUGAUAAUACUGUAGCGACAUCUGAAGCUACAACCAUAAAAGACAACACAUUUUCAACAGCAGCCACAGGUACUACAACCUCAAAUACCAAGGCAACAACACCAUCAGAGACCCCCAGAAGUCACACUACAAGAUCACAAUUUACUGAUAGCCAAAGAACAAUGGAACAUACAGGAACCACAAUUAGUUCCACAGAAAUAACACCAGGCGGUGGCACUCAGGCAACAACAGAAGUAAUAUUCACAAACAUUAACACUUUAACUGAAGCAAAAACAUCAAAGAGUGAUACAUCACAAACACCAUUUAUUAAUACUGUAGCGACAUCUGAAGAUACAACCAUUAAAGACAGCACAUUUUCAACUGCAGCCACAGGUACUACUACUUUAAAUACCAAGGUAACAACCCCAUCAGAGACCCCCAGAAGUCACACUACAAGAUCACAAUUUACUGAUAGCCAAAGAACAAUGGAGCAUACAGGAACCACAUUUGGUUCCACAGAAAUAACACCAGGCAGUGGCACUCAGGCAACAACAGAAGUAACAAUCACAAAUAUUAGUACUUUAACUGAAGCAAAAACAUCAAAGAGUGAUACAUCACAAACACCACUUAUUAAUACUUUAUCGACAUCUGAAGAUACAACCAUAAAAGACAACACGUCCACAACUGCAGCCACAGGUACUACAACCUCAAAUAGCAAGGUAACAACACCAUCAGGGACCCCCAUAAGUCACACUACAAGAUCACAAUUUACUGAUAGCCAAAGAACAAUGGAACAUACUGGAACCACAUUUGGUUCCACAGAAGUAACACCAGGCAGUGGCACUCAGGCAACAACAGAAGUAACAUUCACAAACAUUAACACUUUAACUGAAGCAAAAACAUCAAAGAGUGAUACAUCACAAACACCAUUUAUUAAUACUGUAGUGACAUCUGACUCUACAACCAUAAAAGACAGCACAUUUUCAACUACAGCCACAGGUACUACAACCUCAAAUAGCAAGGCAACAACACAAUCAGAGACCCCCAGAAGUCACACUACAAGAUCACAAUUUACUGAUAGCCAAAGAACAAUGGAACUUACAGGAACCACAUUUGGUUCCACAGAAGUAACACCAGGCAGUGGCACUCAGGCAACAACAGACGUAACAUUCACAAACAUUAACACUUUAACUGAAGCAAAAACAUCAAAGAGUGAUACAUCACAAACACCAUUUAUUAAUACUGUAGUGACAUCUGACUCUACAACCAUAAAAGACAACACAUUUUCAACUGCAGCCACAGGUACUCCAACCUCAAAUAGCAAGGCAACAACCCCAUCAGAGACCCCCAGAAGUCACACUACAAGAUCACAAUUUACUGAUAGCCAAAGAACAAUGGAACAUACAGGAACCGCGUUUGGUUCCACAGAAGUAACACCAGGCAGUGGCACUCAGGCAACAACAGAAGUAACAUUCACAAAUAUUAGUACUUUAACUAAAGCAAGUACAUCAAAGAAUGAUACAUCACAAACACCAUUUAUUAAUACUGUAGCGACAUCUGAAGAUACAACCAAAAAAGACAGCACGUCCACAACUGCAGCCACAGGUACUACAACCUCAAAUAGCAAGGCAACAACCCCAUCAGAGACCCCCAGAAGUCACACUACAAGAUCACAAUUUACUGAUAGCCAAAGAACAAUGGAACAUACAGGAACCACAUUUAGUUCCACAGAAAUAUCACCAGGCAGUGGCACUCAGGUAACAACAGAAGUAACAUUCACAAACAUUAACACUUUAACUGAAGCAAGAACAUCAAAGAGUGAUACAUCACAAACACCAUUUAUUAAUACUGUAUCGACAUCUGACGCUACAACCAUAAAAGACAGCACAUCCACAACUACAGCCACAGGUACAACAACCUCAAAUACCAAGGCAACAACACCAUCAGAGACCCCCAGAAGUCACACUACAAGAUCACAAUUUACUGAUAGCCAAAGAACAAUGGAACAUACAGGAACCACAUUUAGUUCAACAGAAAUAACACCAGGCAGUGGCACUCAGGCAACAACAGAAGUAACAUUCACAAACAUUAACACUUUAACUGAUGCAAGAACAUCAAAGAGUGAUACAUCACAAACACCAUUUAUUAAUACAGUAGCGACAUCUGAAGCUACAACCAUAAAAGACAGAAUGUCCACAACUACAGCCACAGGUACUUCAACCUCAAAUAGCAAGGCAACAACCCCAUCAGAGACCCCCAGAAGUCAUACUACAAGAUCACAAUUUACUGAUAGCCAAAGAACAAUGGAGCAUACAGGAACCACAUUUGGUUCAACAGAAAUAACACCAGGCAGUGGCACCCAGGCAACAACAGAAGUAACAUUCACAAAAAUUAACACUUUUACUGAAGCAAAAACAUCAAAGAAUGAUACAUCACAAACACCAUUUAUUAAUACUGUAGCGACAUCUGAAGCUACAACCAUAAAAGGCAGCACGUCCACAACUACAGCCACAGGUACUACAACCUCAAAUAGCAAGGCAACAACACCAUCAGAGACCCCCAGAAGUCACACUACAAGAUCACAAUUUACUGAUAGCCAAAGAACAAUGGAACAUACAGGAACCACAUUUGGUUCCACAAAAGUAACACCAGGCAGUGGCACUCAGGCAACAACAGAAGUAACAUUCACAAAAAUAAACACUGUAAACGAAACAACAAUAUCAAAGAAUGAUACAUCACAAACACCAUUUAAUAAUACUGUAGCGACAUCUGAAGCUACAACCAUAAAAGACAGCACAUUGGCAACUGCAGCCACAGGUACUACAACCUCAAAUACCAAGGUAUCUGUGGGGUCGGAGCCUCCCACAAAUCAUAUUACAAGAUCAAUAUUCACCGAUAUUCAAAAAACAACGGACAACAUUGGAAUCACACAUGGUUCCACACAAAAAGCACGAGUCAGUGGCACUCAGUCAACAAUGGAAACAACUUUCACAAAAAUUAACACUUUAACCGAAACAGCAACAUCAAAGAGUGACAUGACAGCAGUGUCAGUACCUUCAACAGGUUCACCAAUCACUCAUAGCGAGCCCACAUCAAGAACUACAGUCACAGAAUCCAGUUCUUUGAAACCAACAACAACUAAAGAACCUCCAACACCAAGUACAGCAACUAGUCAGACAACCAAGACACCUAUUACUGGUAUUCAUGGGACAUCCACAGAAAGCAAUACAACAACACAGACAGGAACUACUUUUAAUCACCCCACAAAGUCAACGGCCAAUUAUGAACCCUGUGAGGGCAAGAGAUGUCUCUGUCCCCAGUACCUGUAUGGAAAGAACUGCACGUUCAUUCAGGAUGAUAUCAGAUUAGAUAUGGUCAUUACCAAACUGGCAGUUACAGUUCAUGUGGAAAAUUGGAUUUUUACAUCAGAACUGGAGGAUACAACAUCCCAGUCAUACCAUAUUUUCCAAGAACGAUUCAUCGAAGAGAUAAAAGCUUUCUAUAACAGCAAGAUUUCCAAUUUUAAGGAUGUAAAAAUCAACAAAACCAGGAAUGGCAGUAUCGUUGUGGAUCACGAGGUUCUGUUACGGGUGAACUUCAGAAAUUAUAUGGAAGAGACAAAACAAACGGAGCAGCUCCUGCAGAGAUGUUUCAAUGAGACCAUUUGCACAUCCAGCAGUCCAGAUAAGUUGUGCUUCCGUGUAAACUCAUCCACCGUCACAGCAAAAGAAGUCUCCUUAGCAGAACUCUGUUCAGAGGAUGAAGAUAUUCCAGAAGAAAUGAAAAUGUAUUUCCAUGGUUUAAAUGAAACAAAUUUUCUUCUAUGCAUCACAGAUUGCAGUGAAAAUGACGAGUCGCCAAUCAAUUGUAACUGGGGGCAAUGCUCCACUAGUAAAGCAGGAUCUCACUGCUACUGUGAUGUUUCAGAUGAGUACUGGUACACCGGAAGUCAGUGUGAGACACCAAUCAGCAAGCCUGGUGUCAUUGCAGGAGUGGCUGUUGGCCUCAUCAUUCUGGUUAUUGUUAUCUUGAUUUUGGUCAUUGCUUUGUGUCGGCGUCACCGUGUUUCAGACAUUGAGAUGCUACUAGAAGAUGAUGGCAAUAAGCACUGGUAUGGGUUUGGAUGGACAAGGAACCUAAAGAUACAAAAGAAUAUCGGGAACCCGAAAAGAGACAGUAAAAUGUUUGGUCGCAAUGGAACCUUCAAAUCCACAAAGGAGAAGGUGAAUGUAAAAGUGAACCGACAACAAAAGAUGCCUAUACCAAGACCUCGGGUAAUAUCCUAGUCUGUACAGGGGAAUAAAGUGUGCGGCAACAUUGAAAACCAUUCAAGCCACCUGCCAGUGCUUAUAUUUUACAUCCUGCCAUGUCUUGAGCCUUGACUUCAAUAUAUUUUGCUGAUAUGUGAGGACCAGAUGGUCCCGUGGAACCUACUUUCUGACUGCACCCCCCUUAUCCUCUGCAUUCUUGGAGUCUGUGAUGGAGGAGUAUAUGCCAUACAGUGGAAGGACAUGCCAGCCUGCUGCCUGUAAUUAGUUCUACGUGCCGCCGUGGUAGCGCAUUUUAUUUUUCCCUGCCAUUUGUUCUAUUGUUCCGCCUGUUUGGAAAGCGUUUGACAAGACAUUCCCUACCUCGCCUUGUUGUACAGUUACAGCGGAACCUCAGAUUGCGAGUAAUGCGGUUAACGAGCGUUUCGCAAUACGAGCACUGUAUUUUUAAAAAU